UCAGGGAGUGCACGUGUCGCGACCCCCAAAACUCGAGUGUGAAAAGAAAAUUCACUUAUUGGCUAUAGAUGAACAUUUUUUUGGAAUCAAGUCCCUCGAACGAUUACUGAUGAGAGACAAUAGGUGUUUCGUAUGCGAACGUUGCACGCGCUCUUUUAACGAGGAAAAGAGCAUGGCGAAACAUCGUCGCCUGUGCGCGGACGUGAACGAAAUCUUAUUGGAAUUUUGCGAACCUGGCAAAAAUUUUGUAGAAUUUAAUAAAAUACAGUACAAGCAGCAGUACAACUACGUCGUCGCGUUGGACACGGAGAGCGUACUCGCGCCCAGUGGUGUUGGCAUGCAGCGUCACGUCACCUCUAGCUUCUGUGCCGUGCUCGUGCGCACCCACGACUCGAAGGUGAUGCGUGUCAGGACGCACCACGGUGAAGAUUCCGCGAGGCAGUGCGUGAAGGCUUUGAUGGAAAUGCGGGACGAGAUGGUUGCCCUGAAUGCCUGCCCCGCCACAAUGGUGCUGAAUGAUGAGCAACGGGCCGAGCACAGAGCUGCCACCCAUUGCGCGUACUGUAAACGGGAGUUCACGCGAGAUCUACCCCGUGUCCGUCAUCACGACCAUUCCAAACGAUGUACUACCGGGGACACAAAUUACAUUGCGACGCUGUGCAGCCCCUGUAAUGUGGCGUGCACGACGAGAGAAAAAUUACCGAUCAUGGUGCACAAUCUGGCCUACGAUUUGGCCGGACUGCUGCGGGAAUUUCACCUUCUCGGGUGGAAGCGAGCUCCCUUCAUCGUUGCCAGUUCCAUGGAAAAAAUUCGAUCGUUCGAAAUUGGCACCUUCCUAUUCAGAGAUACCAUGCAGUACCUAAAUUCGUCGCUGGGGGAGCUCGUGGAAACCGUCAAAUCCAUGGGGGGCGCAGAGGCGUUCCAGUGCCUGAAGCAGGUAUUUGGAAACGACUACGAAAUUCUGCUUCGUAAAGGUGUAUUCCCAUACAGCCACGUUAAUUCUUUUGCGGUGUACGACGAAUUGGCUCUGCCGGCAAAAUCUGCCUUCCGAAAUGAUCUCACUGGGGAGGAUAUAAGCGAGGAAGACUACCAGUAUGCGCUGCAAGUAUUUGAACAUUUUGGAUGCUCGAAUCUGAGGGAUUAUAAUGCACUGUACCUGAAAACGGAUGCCCUAUUACAUGCGGACGUGAUGCAGCACUUUCGACGACUGUGCUACGACGCGCGUGGAUUAGAAUUGCUUCAUUGUGUUUCUCUGGCAUCCUAUUCGUGGCAAUGUGCUCUAAAUUACACGCAGGCAAAAUUGGAGUUAAUCAUCGACGAGGACAUGUACAGAACAAUCGAGUCGGGUGUUAGGGGCGGGCUCUGUCAGGCGAGCAGGCGUCAUUUACGUGCCAACAACCCUCUGUGUAGUGGCUAUGAUCCCGAUAAAGAGGAGGUGUACAUAUCAUACAUAGAUUGCAACAAUCUUUAUGGAUUCAGUAUGGUAAAGCACCUCCCCGUCGGCGAUUUCGAGUGGGUCGAGGAUUUUAGCUCUGUGGAUUUUAUGCGUCACCCCACGGAUUCGGAGGUGGGGUACGUGUAUGUGUGCGACUUGGAGUAUCCAAAAUCUAUCCACGCUCUAACGCGGUACUUCCCCCUGGCUCCCGAGAAGGCUGUGGUCCCGGAGGAAUGGCUCUCGCCAUUCCAGCGAGGUCUUCUCGAAGAAUUAAUGUAUCAGCCAGCUAACAGCAAAAAGCUGUUGCUGACGUGCAAGGACAAGGUCGAGUAUGUCGUUCAUUACGCACUGCUCGCACUCUACUGUAGAUUGGGCAUGAGGGUGACAAAAAUUCACCGAAUCCUAAAAUUUCGUCAGGCACCAUUCCUGCGUCCCUACAUUGAGGACAAUGUUGCCAGGCGCGUUGCCUCAGGCACGACGUUUGAAAAAAAUUUCUAUAAAAUCUCAAAUAAUGCGGUCUUCGGAAGAACGCUUUUAAAUAAAUUUAACAUGAGGGAUAUUCGAGUAGCCUUCGAUGAGGAGACGGCGAGUCGCCUCGGGAGUCGGGCAGAAUGCGUGCGAAUGGAAAUUUUGUCCCCCGAUUGUGUCAUGUACGAAAUGCGCAAAAGAAAAGUGCGAUGUGAUUUCCCCUUGCAGAUUGGCUUCACGAUUUUAGAACUGAGUAAAUUAACGAUGUACUCGUUCUAUUACGAAACUUUGCUGAGCAAGCUCACUUGUCCGGUGAUUACCUGCUACUUUGACACGGAUUCUCUGAUCCUCGGCCUAUUCUGCAAGGAUUACGAAGAUCAGUUACGUGUGAUCGCCGACGACCACUUAGAUUUGUCUUCCUUUGAUCGGGAUCAUCCACUGUACAGUGAAAAGAAUCGUGGAAGACUUGGGGCAUUCAAAAGCGAAACUGGUAGUGUACCUAUCGAAGAAGUAAUAUGCUUGAAAGCCAAAAUGUACUCCAUCAAACUAGCUGGGGGAAAACAAAUUGCAAGAGCUAAAGGGGUAAAAAAGAACAUUGUGCGCAAACACCUCCUCCAUGAUACGUACCACGAUACCCUGUUCAAGCACACUAGCGUAUCGCACGAACAGGUGUCAAUAGUGGGAAAGAAACAGUGCAUGUACACCAUCAGAAAUGUGAAAAGAAGUCUGAUGGCGUACGACGACAAACGAUACCUCUACAAUGACAUCGACUCCUACCCAUACGGAAGCUGCGAAUAUGAUGAGAAGGAGUAGCGUCAGUUGGACCAGUGGAAGGAUAUGGUAGCUCGUUCUCUUCUCGCUCGUCUCAUGCACGCUGGCGCUGGACGCCUGCAACUGAAGACGCAUGAAG